CUGCGACUUUACAAAGUGGUGCUAGCGGCCUGUAAGACACUAGCAAGCAGGGUUUUCGUGCCACUGGACGCCAGGGCUGCUUUUUGGCUCCUCCAACGGCUCGGCUGCUCCAAACGACUCACCGCUAACUCCCGCUGCUCCGUAUUGCAUCGCUGCGGCCGGAGAGGCUGCCCCAGCAUGCGAAACACCAUCGUAGCCUGCGCGCUGGCUACAGCCUCGGCCGCGGUCCCCGCCUUCCCGCUGCAAUUUGUCGCGACCGUCGAGACGACGGCUCAUCUAGUAGACAAGUCGAAGCCGUACCCGCCGUGGAAAAAACGCAUCAAGCUCGCCUACGACUACCUUAACAAGCGGGCGCGCGCGGAUGUCUUGGAGGGCCUGGAUGCCGGCAAGAACUUCACGCGGCGCUACGACACGAAACAGGACUACGUCACGACGGGCGGCACGUUUCCUUCAUGUCAGCGGAGCUAUCUAGGCGAACGCAUGCCACUUCCGAAAAUACCGGAGGACGCCGCCAAGCAGAGCUCCGGUGCGCUCAUCGACGACGAGCCCCACGACGAGUACCGCGUCGAAGUUCCAGAAUUGGACCGCGUCCGCGUGUGGGUCUCCGCGGCGACGGGCCGCCCCCGGCGUUUAACCAAUGAAAACUGGGUCGACGGGCGCUGGGUGGCGCUCAUGACCUACGACCUCUUGGAUUUUGAAGAGGUCGCGCCUUCGGAAGACGCGGUCGCCUUGGAUGCGCCGUGGACCCACGAUACGUGCGACCGCCACGUCGGCGGCUGGCCGUACCUGCACCUCUUCCACCACUACCUCGCGGUCUAACGUUUGUGUUUUAUUG